CGCCGCCCGAGAAACGCCGCCGGCGCCCGGAGAGCGCAGGGUGGGCAGCGGGCGGGGGCUGCCGAGCCCCGCCGCCGGAGCGCCGGCACCAGCAGCCCCGCUGCCGGCUCUCCCUCGCUUCUCUUUAUUCGCUUUUCCUCCGCGCCUUGCGGUUUUUGGGGUUUCUUUUUUUGUGAUUCCGGUUUUUUUCCCCCCUCCUUCCCUCCCUCCCUGCCGCUCGCCCGGCUCCGCGGACGUGCUUGCUCCCGCAGGAGGACACCCGCUGCUGCCCCGGCGCCCGCGGAGAGGGGCCCCGCGCCCCACCGAGCCCCUGGGCCCCGCGGAUGUGCGCGGCUCUCCUCCGGCCUCCCGCCCUCCCGCCCGCUUGCCUCCCGGGCGCGCCACCUCUUUGUCCUCCCGCACCUACAUCUGGAGUUUUUUCUUCGUUUUUAUAUUUUUCCUAAGCAGACCUGAACAUCGGCAGGGGCGGGAAGGGCUGGGGGCGAGCGACGCUGCCACACCGACCCCUGCCCAUUUCUCAUAAGGAACUCUCAUGGCUUCACGGCUGCAGACAAGUUGCCGUGCAUCUUGCUGGACUAUCGGAGUUUGCAUCCUGGCGGCCGCGCUCCUCCCAGGGCUGCAAGCUCAGAUUGUCUUAGUCAAUGACACCGUCUCGGGGUUUAUCGGGACAGACGUGGUCCUGCACUGCAGCUUCACAAAUCCACUCCCCAACGUGAAGAUCACGCAGGUGACGUGGCAGAAAGCCACCAAUGGCACCAAACAGAAUGUGGCCAUCUACAACCCUGCCAUGGGGGUCUCCAUCCUCUCUCCCUACAAAGAGCGGGUGACUUUCCGGAAUCCUUCCUUCAAAGAUGGCACCAUUCAGCUCUCUCGGCUAGAGCUGGAGGAUGAAGGAGUUUACAUCUGUGAGUUUGCCACCUUCCCAACCGGCAACCGGGAAAGUCAGCUGAACCUCACUGUGCUGGCCAAGCCUACAAAUUGGAUGGAGGGCACCAAGCGGCCACUUAUUGCUAAGUCUGGCAGGACAGAAAAGAUCUUGGUAGCCACCUGCACCUCCUCCAAUGGGAAGCCCCCCAGCACUGUCACCUGGGACACCAAGCUCAAAGGGGAAGCAGAGUUUCGGGAGAUCCGGAAUAGCAACGGCACCAUCACGGUGAUCAGCCGGUACCGGCUGGUGCCGAGCCGGGAAGCCCACCGGCAGCAGCUUAUGUGUGUGGUCAACUACCAGCUGGAUCGCUUCACUGACAGCAUCACCCUCAACGUGCAGUAUGAGCCAGAAGUCACUAUUGAAGGCUUUGAUGGCAACUGGUAUCUCAACCGGAAGGAUGUGAAGCUGAUAUGCAAGUCUGAUGCCAACCCCCCAGCUCACACCUAUGAAUGGAAGCUGCCAAACGGGACUCUGCCAGGGAGCGUGGAAAUCCAGAACAACACCAUCUACUUUAAAGGGCCCGUCUCCUACAGCGUGGCUGGCACCUACAUCUGCGAGGCCUCCAACGCCAUCGGUACACGCUCGGGCUUGGUGGAAGUCAAUGUCACAGAAUUCCCCUACACCCCGUCUCCAAUCGAUGAUCGCAAAUCCAUGGUGCAGCCGAGCAUCCCCACUCCGGUGAUUGGGGGCAUAGUGGGAGGAGUCUCGCUGGUCCUGGUGGUGGCCGUGGUGCUCGUGGUGGUACUCCGGCGCCGGCGCCACACCUUCAAGGGCGACUACAGCACAAAGAAGCACGUAUACGGCAACGGCUACAGCAAAGCCGGCAUCCCUCAGCAUCAUCCCCCCAUGGCCCAGAACCUCCAGUACCCCGACGACUCGGAUGACGAGAAGAAGCCAGGCCCGCUGGGCAGCAGCACCUACGAAGAUGAGGACGAGGAUGCAGGAGGUGACCGCAAGAUGGUUGGGCCCAACAAAUACGAGGAGGAUGCAAAGAGGCCUUACUUCACGGUAGAUGAGGGGGAGGCGCACCCUGAACCUUACGACGAAAGGACACUCGGCUUCCAGUACGACCCCGAGCAGCUCGACAUAGCGGAGAACAUGGUGUCACAGAACGACGGGUCUUUUAUUUCCAAAAAGGAGUGGUACGUGUAGCUCGGCACCCACCGCUCCACACGCACACACACACACACACACACACACACACAGAGGCAGAGGAGCGGUGCCCUCCCACUCCCCCACAUCCCCGCCCAGCGGAGCCAGAACCGAGCGGAGCCAGAGCCGAGCGUGCGGCGCCACUUGCACACACACCCCGCACCGCGCUGCCCCGCACCCCACGCACGCCCCGGCAGCCCCCUGCUCACCACAGACUUUGGACGCUUGCAGCACUGGCAGCCUGGGCUGAGCAGGGAGGGAGGGAGGGAGGGAGGGCAGCUUUGCUUACAGAUCACUCUUGGGGCGGACGGGAGGCGGGAGGUUGGGUCAUUAUUUCCUUGGUUUUGGUUUUGCUUUUUAAUUUGUCUCGACGACUUUCGUCCCCUUCUGUGGUGUUUGUAUUGGUCGGUGGCUUAGGUGUUACUAUUUGCUUUAACGACUGUUGCCCAGCCUGUAUAUUACACUCUGUUUGUGUCUUUAUGUCUCAGAGUGCCCUUCAGCCCCACUUCCCUCCCCACUUCCCUCCCCGAGGUUCCUCACCCCUGAAACACUGGAAUUUGUUUGUAUGUCGUCUUCUUUGCGUUGUUUUUUUACCCUUGGGAGGGGGUCAGGCAGGCUGGCCGUGGGACAGAGGCCAGGAGAACCCAUGGCAAUGGAAAUGGACGUGCCAUUAUCAGGGGAACUGCUUUUUUCUUUCCCCUGAUGACUUUCUUCUCCGUGGGGUCUGGGGAGCCUGCCCAUUGCCCACUGCAUGCCUGGGGAGAUCCACUCCCAGUUUUUUAUGACUCAGUAAAAGGAAAAUGAGGAGAAAGGGGGGAGAAAAAGCCUAGAGUAAACCCCAGGUGCAGGGGCUGAUAGCAGGGCAGGGAAACAGAGCUGCCAUUUUUCUCCUAAAAUUUGUUAUUUCCUGGCUUUUCAUUUUCUGUCUUUGUUUGAGUGUUCUUUUAAAAGAAAGAAAAGGAGUAUUUAUUGCUGACACUUUUCCCCCCCUGUGAUGGCUCAGAGAAAUGCUGGCUCUUUUUGUUCCUGUUGUUGCUAGUACCAGCCACAGAGCAGUUAACUGUGGCACGAGGGCUGUGCAUGGCGUGUCCUGCACACUCCUUGCUGCCCUUGCCUGGGGAAGGGGACCAACCGACACCACCACGCUUCUUUCUCCCACACAGCCGCUGCCUUCUGCUGCAGCCUGCACAGCCUGCCAGGGCACACUCCCACAGUCCCACACAGUGGCUUUGAGGGCUUCAGCACAGGGUCAGACCCCCAAGGUUUGUUAUACCACUAAGACUUAAUCGUCACGUGUUUACACUGUUCUUUGGUUUUGGGGGUCAGAGCAUGGAAGUGCUUCUCUCUAACUCUCCUGGCAACAACCCCAGCCCUCAGAUGUAUCACUUAGUCUACAUUGAUUGCCAGUUUUUCAAUAUCACAUCCCUCUUCUAAGCAAAGGCUUGGGCAGACAGGGCAGGAGUGAGUGAGCCUGGGGUAUUGAUCUUGUCCUCCUUCCCUUGAGCCACUGCCUUGCAGUGGGGAGGCUUGGAUUGCUGCUAUCUCUGCUCUGUAGAUAAUUGGGAUUCCAGACUUCAGGGCCCUCUGUCUAACACUGACCCUAUCCAAAUUAGCUUCACUGGGUUGGGGCUUGUUUUCCUUCCUGUGGGUUGGGAUUUUUUAGUUUUGUUUUGUUGUGGUUUUUUUUUAAUUUGAUGUAUAAAUAAAUCUUUUGUUUGAAAAGAAACCCCCAGUUUUCUGAGCUGUAUUGUCAUGCACAUUUAAAAAUAGGAGGACUAAUUCUCCUGCUGCCUUACCCGCUGGGUUUUGUUCCAUAGCACCCAGCGGUUCUCCUGCUGCAGAAAGGAGCGUGGAGAGCCAGACCCACGCAGAUGAGUCAAGGUUGGAUCUUUGAUCCAGGCAGCCUCUGGUGCUUCCCUUCAGCAUGUGGUGCUUGGUCCAGACAACAUGAAGCUCAGCCUGAGCCAUCUACAGUUUGUAGUUUGCUCUUACUGCCUUAGUGGUGUAGGGGGAGUGGGAAAUCCAAUUGUUCUGCUGUAAUCUCUCUGCUGUUCCUGCUAGCUCUCCAGGCUUCCUGGCUUCUGGCAGAACAGCCAAAUGCCACAGGAAGGCUGCUUUAUGUCCACUCGAAGCAGGGCAGACAGAGAUUCCCUCGGGAUCUGUCAUGCUGAACCUUACAAAAUACAGCACAACCUUCCAUCUGCCGCCAUCAGAAGCACGCUGCUGCCCAGCAACCCCCGACAGAGGCAAUGACAUCUCUGACAUCUCUCCACAGCUCUGAUUGCUAGUAGGGGCUGCUCAUUAGGGGCAGUUGUAAACCUGCAGAGGGAGUGACUUCCCUCCAGUGCAUGCACAAGGUUUUAAUUCCCCAGAGUGUGAGCCCUGUAAUGUGGAUCAGGACAGAGCAGCGUUGCUGAGCACUGUACCUUAGGCACAGCUCACUGGAAUGUAACGUGGGCUGUGCUGCACAGUUUGUGCAGAGAUCAUUCUCAACAAAGUCCCAUCUCUCAAAUGAAUAAUCCUUUAUAUCUGAAUUUCACAACUAGGCCCUAAAAAGGGUAUGACAACAUCUCCAACACCAAACUCUGGGCAGUGCAUGACCCUCCCCUGCAAAUUCCCCCCAGCACAGAGACACUGUGAGAAGGAUCUGGAAGAAAACAGCCUUUUAUAAAAGCUGCAUUGCCCAGCAGUGAUUCUUUCAUGUUCAGCAUUAGUCACAGGCAGGGGCCACUGACCUGAUUUGGCAAAUUCAUGUUGCACUGACUCCACAGCACUUCAGUAGCCCCCAGUGAAACUGUGUCCUAAAGACUAAAGGGACAUCGCCUUGCAAAUGGAGCAGACAGGCCUGGGAGAGAACAAGACAGUAUGACUGGUCCUGAGCUAAGGUAUGGAUCACAGGAAACCUGAACAAGGGGUCCUAAGAAGUAUGCCUUGCACUUGUGUCAUUUUUUAAGUUGCAGACUCCUUGGAUUACUCAUUGCCCAUUCACACACUGUCCACAGCAUUCAGCUGUUCGAAAAACCAGUGGGACUCAGAGAAAGAAAAGGAGGUAACAGAGCAAGCCUGGAGUGGAAGAUCCUUAGACAAUAUUGCCUGGCACAGCAGUGAGGGAUCACACAAGUCCAAGGUUCAGUACUAUGUUCCUGUCAUCCUUGGGCUCCUCAGCAUUGCUCCAUUGGCACAAGUACCCCUCAGCCACAGAGAAAUGCCACCUCUGUGCAGUGCUUUGCUGUCCCUUGCAAGGUCAGCUAAUUGGCCAAGAGACCCUUGGGGUAGGAAUUAGCCAAGUGAUUAGCUGUUAAUCCACGGCAAAGCAGAAGAAAAAAGAAGUGUGGGGAAGUCAGAUUGAUGUCUCAUCUGAGUGCAGUUUUGAUCCAGUGUGACUCCCUACUCUGGAUUUAAUUGCUCUGAGGGGGCCCUUGAAGGUAAUCAGGUUUUCCAGCAGCAUCAGGAAGAAAGUGGAACCUGUAGGAUCAGUGUGGUGCUUCUCCCUUCCCAAGCUCUGAUGCUGGAUGGCAACGAGGCAAACCUCGUGAUAGCUCAAGGUGAAGAUGGGUAGAUGGGAAAGCUGAACAGGGCAAUGAGAAGGAGGUCAGUCUGAACCCUGGGAUACAUUGCUCAACGUCUCACCUCCAUCUCAGCAAAGAAAAUGCUGAUGAUUUUGGGCUAAACCCCAGCUCCUUCCCUGUGUGUAUUCAGAGAGCUGCUACUGCAGCAGAUGCAUGUGUCACAACCCAAAACGAGCCUGUAGUUUAUGUACAAAGACACCCCAGCUGUUUUCCUGCUGGGGCUUAUCUCUAGGAUUAUUCAUUGCAAUUCACCCUAGUGAUGUUAUUUUCCCUCAUUUAAUUACCAGAUUUUUUUCCCCCCCUGUUGUUAAAUCAUUUUCAUGCAGCUAUGGGAAAAAAAAAAAACCAUCUGAAGAUUUUUUUGGUUAAAAAAAAAUGAAGCAAACUGAAAUGGCAGCACCAAAUUGAUUUCAAAGACAUAAGGGACAAAGGGAGCCAUUUUCCUGAUGUUGAGUCAAAAAAGAAACACAACAACUGUUCACUAGAAAUCACUGAGGGUUAGAGAGAGAGAGAUUCAAAAGAUUGAUCUUCAAGCAAUUAGAGAAGGGAACACAAUUCAGAACAGGGGCUGCUGCUCUCCUUUGCUGUUUCUCUCUCCCAGACACAAGAACACACAGACACAGGCUUCUGGAGUUUCAGGCACUGCUUAUUCUGCUCAAAGUGUGGAGAGGAAAACCCCAUUGCCCAGCUCAGUGGGGAUGUGCACAAAGCUCAGAGGUUUCAUACUGUGGAAAUGGGCUGUCCCAGUCCCACUUUAUUCAGUGGGGCAGGUUGUAGCCUUUGGCAGCAGGUUAAAAGCUACUGUAAGGUUCCCAUAGGCACAAGCACUGCUCUCGUAGCCUUGAAGUGUCCUGUGUCUGUGGGCAGUGGGCACGGGUGGGGAGGGACGUGCUGCCAGCACCCUCUGCACUGCUGCCUGGUCUUUAUUCUGCAGGGCUCACCACAGCACUGUGCAGCUUCAGCCCCUCUUUCCCUCCCUCCAGGAUUUGAUGUAAUUUGUUGUCAAUCUGAGCGACUCUUUGAGAGAGGCAGGAGAAGCUUUAGCACAGUGAAAGGGUCCAACAGCUGCCUCAGCAUUGCUCUGGAAACUCACUAGCCUCUCCCUGGGGACUGCUGGCAAGAGGUGGGGAGGACCAAGGGACUAUUAGCAAGGGAAAGAGACCCAAGCCUUAGAGAGGGGGUGAGCUUGUACUUCAGACCAGUGUGACUUCCCAUAUGCAAUUUUCCUGGGGGUGAAUGUAACAGGCAUUAAGGAGUCAGAUCCUUCCCUGGCAUCAACUUGCACUGGUGGUGCUGCUCUCACUGAGGUUCUAGGUUGGUUUUUUUUUGCUUUUGCCUUUCUUCUUUUAAAAAACAGGAUUCUUAAACUCCAGUCACUUUCUCUCUCUUUUUCUUCUUCCUCUUGCUGUAAUUACCAUUGUGGAAUAAAGACUUCAGACCAACAACCCCAACUCCACUUUUGUUUUGGAAUCUGUGUUGUAAGUGCUUUUGUAAAAAAAAAUAAAAAUCAUGUAAUGGA